AAAAUGGAGCGUACCGCAAUAAACCUUCAAUUUACUGAGAAUAAGGAAGAAAAAAAUUCAUCAACUUUGUUCAUCUUACCAGAUACUUUUCAAGUUUUUUUUUUCUUUCUACAAGGAGGAUCAUGUUGCGACGAUUUCAUCAGAAAGUGUGUGGUAGAACGAUGAAUUUUACCCGAAUGUAUAGUUCUAAAGAAACAACGGAAGUUAAACUUGAUCCACUGACAAGACUUUGUAAAAUUAUGAUGUCUUGUCCAAAGGUGGGGCUCGACAUAGAGCUUGACCAAAGUGGGAUUAGGGUAUUACCGGAGAUGGUUGAGGAUGUCCUUAAGAGAUUUGAGAAUGCUGGAAUGCUUGCGUAUCGUUUCUUUGAAUGGGCUGGUAAACAACAUAAUUAUGAGCAUAGUACUAGAGCCUACCACUCCAUGAUUGGAUCUCUUGCCAAGAUAAGGCAAUAUCAGAUGAUGUGGGAUCUUGUAAAUGAGAUGAAAACCAAGAGAAUGCUUAAUAUUGAGACAUUUUGCAUAAUCAUGAGAAAAUAUGCUAGGGCUCAAAAAGUAGAGGAGACUCUAUACACUUUCCAUAUCAUGAACAAGUUCGAUGUGCCUCCCAACCUUGCGGCUUUCAACGGCUUAUUGAGUGCUCUAUGCAAAUCGAAGAAUGUGGAAAAAGCUCAGGAGAUUUUCGAUACUAAGAAGAAUGAAUUUACUCCCGAUUCAAAAACAUAUAGCAUUUUGAUUGAGGGAUGGGGAAGGGCUCCAAAUCUUCCCAAGGCAAGGGAGGUUUACAGGGAAAUGAUUGAGGUAGGCUGUAAUCCGGACAUUGUGACUUACGGGAUCAUGGUUGACAUACUUUGCAAGGCCGGCAGGGUUGAUGAGGCUGUUGAAAUUGUCAAGGAGAUGGACUUCAGCGGUUGCAGGCCAACGUCCUUUAUUUAUAGUGUUUUAGUCCAUACAUAUGGGCUAGAAAAUCGGAUUGAAGAUGCGAUAGAUACAUUUCUUGAAAUGGAAAAAAAUGGUGUUGAGGCUGAUGUAGCUGUAUAUAACUCACUAAUUAGUGCUUUCUGUAAGGUAAAUAAGUUCCAAAAUGUCUAUAUGGUUCUGAAUGACAUGCAAAUCAAAGGGGUGUCUCCCAAUGCAAGGACCUGCAAUAUUAUUCUCAGUGGCUUGAUUGCUCGAGGUGAGACUGAUGAUGCUUUCAAGAUUUUCCGCAGGAUGCUCAAAAUUUGUGAUCCUGAUGCUGACACGUAUACUAUGAUGAUAAAGAUGUUUUGUGAGAAGAAUGAGAUGAAAAUGGCUCGUAAAGUGUGGAAAUAUAUGAAACGCAAGCAAUUUGUUCCCAGUAUGCAUACUUUUUCUGCACUUGUCAAUGGAUUGUGCGACGAUGCAGAUGCCCCUGGUGCCUGUGUGUUAAUGGAAGAGAUGAUCGAGAAAGGAAUGCGCCCUGGUAGGAUAACAUUUGAAAAAUUAAGGAAACUACUUCUCAAGGAAGAGAGGGAAGAUGUACUUGAAUUCCUUCAGGAGAAACUAAAUCUUAUGGUCAGGGAACCCUUAUCUGAUUAAGAAACUAUUCAGAUGACAUAUUUCUGAUGAUUCGUGAUUAUAAUCUGCUGUUGUUGAAUCUGACCUCUAGAGUCAGAAUAUCCAAGUGUCUUGUACUGUUUCAGCAACGGAUAAAGAUAUACAUGUCACAUCACAACUGAGAUUGCUAAGGACUAAACUUCAUCAGUGAGACUCAUUUGGAGCACUUGUCAACUCUAUUACGUUGGAAAAGUGAGGCCAGUUCCUUGUCAAAUACUGGAGUUUUGGAAACGGGGUAGGACACAGUUAUCUUGCUUCAACAUGGUUAUCUCUGACUUCAAUACUUCUUCUGGAUGUGGCUAGUUCCUUUCCGUUUUCAGUUGAUUAGUAAAGGAAACUUCAGCAAGUGAAAGAUGGUCGAUACAAGUGGACAAAAGCCAAACAGCUUUACAAUCAAGGGCCCUCGAUCUGCAUACAUGAGCUGAUUUCGGUACCUCCUGGAAGGAACUAGUUGAAGAGGUGAAAGAACGCUAAUGCUUCAUCAUCUAAGGAUUCACGGUUGCAAUGGGACUUUCGAAACACAAUGAGUUGUUCCCAUAUGCACUUGCAUAUUUCCGUUCAAAAAGUAAAAGGAGCUCAAUCAAUCAAGCAAACUCUACACGCAAUGUGGCUGGCCAGGAGAGAAGUAAAACCAACUAGACAGCAGAGAGAGAAAGAAGAGCUUGGGGAAAUAGCAUAGUAACCAACACCAAUCACAGUGAAAAAAAAAAUAGAUCCAGUCAAACAGUUUUACCAGAUUUCACGUUAGAUGACUAAAAAAAAA